CAGGUUCUCAUAAGUAAAAUGUAAUUGUUGUAGCGUUAUUGGGACAGCGCAUUUAUAUUAUUUUUUCUUCAUUAAUAUUUGUUCUAAUAUGAAAAUGGUACUCAGAUACUAAAAAUUGAUUGUAUAAUGUCAAGAAGUUUCGUUUUUAAAAGAAUGAAAAUCUAAAUCGUAUUAUAUACGAAAUACAUUUGAAGAAAAAUUGCACUUAGUGACAAAAGAAAAAAGCCAAAGCAAAUGAAGUAAAAGUGCAAAGGAUAAACAGAAAAAUGAAGUAAAUCGCGAAUACAUAAUUAACCAUACAAAGGCUGAAUCAAGACGCAUAAAAUAUAGCAGUGGAGAAAUAAUCAUAAAAAUAAACUCAUAUUUUUUCUUCCUUUCACCGUACAUUUAAUUAGUGCGUUUUCUGUCGCGAUCAAGGAUUUACCGCAUACUUAGAAACAUAUGCAUAUUAUUGCAUAUAACAUACAUUGAAUUCUUGGUGCAGUUGCAUAAAAAGUGUAGCUAACACGCGGACGGUAAAAUUCUACAAAAAUAUAAAGAAAAUUUACAAUAUACUGAGAUAUAUAUUGGUUAAAUGGAAGGAUUAGAUGGAUCUCCGCCCCCUUCACUAUUCAUCGUACGAUCUUCGGAACUUUAUCCAAGAAUAAAUAUGGAAAGAGAAGAUGACGAGUUGGAGGUACCAUUCCAAACACUUGCUGGUGAAUUCGUCAGAUACUUGGGUCGUACUACGGACGGCAUCUUGGCGCUCUCGACAUACCGCAUAUUUAAGCUUGUAAUCACAACCAACGCAGAGACAUCUGUGCCACUGGGUGUUGUCGAUAUUGUACAAUUAGCAGAACAAGAACAUUUAGUCAUAUAUUGCAAGGACGCAAGCAGCUUUAAGUGUUCCUUUAAAACAGCUGAACAAUGUAGCGAUUGGCAGCGUCGCAUUAAUCAAGCCAUACGCACACCGGAAACGUUAGAAUCACUAUUUGCGUUUCCUUUUCAUGUGUUCGUAUGCGAUGAAAUUAAUGCAAUGUGUGAGAGUGAAGCAUCUAUUGACGGUGCUCAAAGGUUAACCGAUGGUGGUCGUGGUGGUGGAGGAGGUGGUGGUGGUGGUGGUGGUGCUGCUGCUGCUGCUGCUGCUUCUGGUGUCGGUGGUGGUGUAAUUGAUUAUUCUGAUGAGUACCUGGAACGAUUACAACGCGCCUCUCGUGAAGACGACGAUUUUAUGCGAGAAGUCGUGCGACUCGGUUUCGAUCUAAAUGGAGCGUGGCGCAUUUCAAAAGCAAAUGAAGAAUUUAAAUUAUGUCCUACAUAUCCAAAGAAGAUAUUGGUGCCCGGCUGUAUUACCGAUGACACGCUUCAGAUUGUGGCGAAUUAUCGUGCUUCGCGACGGCUGCCAUCUGUUGUUUGGCGUCAUAAGAGAAAUGGUGCAAUAAUUGCCCGUUGCAGUCAACCAGAAGUAGGUUGGUUAGGCUGGCGUAGUGAGUCAGACGAACAAUUCCUGAAAGCUCUGGCAGAUGCUUGUGCAUUUGACCGAGGUGAGCAAAUGCGUCGCCUUAUGCAAACUGCGAGGUCCGCAGUACCAGCAAUGUUUUUACCCCCAGAUACCCAACCGACCAAUGCUGAUGUUGAGAGUCACGAGGAAGUAUCACUGGAUGAAGUGCGGAAAGUUCUCAUUGUGGAUGCGCGCAGCUACACCUCUGCUAUAGGUAAUCGUGCACGCGGCGGUGGUUGCGAAUGCAUUGAAUAUUAUCCUUUUGCUGAAAUUCAAUUCAUGUGUCUGGGUAAUAUACACGUAAUACGUAAGAGCUUUCAUGCGCUAAGAACACUCUGUGCUGCCCCACCAACUGAUGCAAACUGGUUAGGCUUACUCGAGAAGACAAACUGGCUACAACAUCUUAGUGGAUUAUUCGCAGCUACCACAACUGUACUUCAAGCCAUCGAGAAGAAAGGAUGUCCAGUAGUGGUGCACUGUUCUGAUGGUUGGGAUCGUACACCACAAAUUGUUGCAACAGCACAGUUGUGUUUGGACCCAUAUUACCGCACAGUCGAAGGUUUCCGCAUUUUGGUCGAACGUGAAUGGCUUAGUUUUGGGCACAAGUUUGCCAAACGUUGUGGUCACGGCCCUGAGUCAGAUGAUUUGAAUGAACGUAGUCCAAUUUUCAUACAAUGGUUAGAUUUAGUACAUCAACUACACAUACAAUUUCCUUGCAGUUUUGAAUUCAACAGGGCUUAUUUGAUAAAAUUAGCGCAACACUUACACUCAUGUCUUUUCGGCACCUUCCUAGGCAACUCAUACAAAUAUCGUUUGGAAAACUCUAUAUUUGAGCGCACUUUCUCUGUAUGGCCUUUCCUCUCAGGUCCUAUGUAUAGAAAUCCGCUUUAUUUACCAAGCAGAGAUGCGGUCCUUUGGCCUAAAUAUAAUGUACGAGAUUUACACUUGUGGACUGAGGUUUAUAUGGGUAGUUUAGGGAAUCAAAACUAUAAUGAUCUUAUAAAUGGCAGCAGCGAAAUUGAAGAACAAUCAAAUGACUUGGCGAGUGUAAUGUCGAAUGUACCUGUACGCAGUUUCAGUGAUCCUAAUGUGGUUGCACAACAACUUCAAACAGAAGCUACAAAUUCUGCGAACAGUUCCGAACGUGAAGAUUCGCCAGACAAUGCAGCUGGCGCUAUACCAAAAAUUCAAGAACGAAACAGUCAUCAAAAUAACCGAGCAAUGGCGGCCGAUGAAUUACAAAGUCUUAAUGAACGCAAAGAAUUGCAUGAGAAUCUAACAAAUGCCGAAGAUACACAUCGACAGGACAAUAGUCAAGUUAGCACAAAUGGCAACGCUAAAAAUGGCACUAAUGAGAAAAAAUCUAAAAAUUCAGAAGGCGACAAUAAUUUAUAUGACUUCCAUACAUGUGCCUCUGCGCAAGGGAGUGAUACGGCUAGUAAUACAAAUGACCAACAAAAUACCCUAACGUCGAAUGAAAACAGAUCAAUUACUCCCCCCGGCAAGGAGGCUAACGCUCGCAAUGAUUUUAUUACACCUGAAAAGUUAUCCACGGCUGCUGAUAAAGAGGAACUUGGCUUGAGUUCACCUUAUGUUUUAUUAAAGUCAGAGAAUCAAAGUCCUACUACAUCAGGUAAUAACGCUACUAGAAAAAAUAUGUCCUACAGUGGUGUAAAUAACAGUAUUUUGCAAAAAAUUAAUGGCACAAAUGGUACCUCAAAUUGUUCAAAAUUCUUGUCAAAAUCAUCUAGUAAUGGCUCUGUCUCAUCUACAUCAUCUUCACUUAAUAAUCGAAAUAAUUCAAAUAGCAAUAGUAGCCUCGCAACAACAGAUCGUAGUUGCGACAAUAAAAGUGAAAAUAAAGAUGAAGUAGACUCGGAAGUUGAUGGUGCUGUUGGUAUUUCUAAUACUCAACGGCAUUCCAAUGAUUCUAUGAACGACAGCAUUAUUAUUUCGCCGACACAUCGAAAAUUGGAGAUUUCUCCAAGUGGUAGAUGUGAAGCAAUUUCGAAUAGCGGCUCAUCAGUGCCAGCAACACCAACCGACUCUGUGGACAAGGCGAGCACAAGUAGUAAUGGUGACAAUAGUCGACAACGUGGUACGGUUGCUGCUACCAGUGCAUCAGAUACACAACGCUGUGGAAGACCACGUCUGGAAAAACGGUUUCAUUUGCGUGGUGUACGCUCUUUGCCAAUGACACCGCCCGCUCAACCUGAACGAGCACAUAUGACUAUUUCCUGCCCCGACGGCUUGGCGCAUGCCUUAAGCGAACAAAAUUUACGAUUACAACAAAUUGUGCACGAACACAAGUUGCGCGAGGAUAUGUUGUUGCGUGAAAUACAUGACAUGCGUAUGGUAUUGCUUAAGAAGAGAUGUCCAAAUUGCAAAUGUAAUCAAACUAAUACAAACGAUGAACAGGUAGACGAGCUCUCAUUUAACAGAAGUAGGUUACUUGAACGUAUAAAGUGCCAACACUUGAAAGCCAGAUCGUUUAACAAACCAACACUCUUAUUGACACAUGAGCAAAUACGGCAGCAGCAACAACAACAACAGUCACCACAUAACCAAAACCGUCAUCAUCGUCUACAUCGUUGUCAUACUGCAGUCGGUUACCAUGAUCGAAUGUUGCUACAUCAUUCGUUUCCUUUUUGCUACUGCCAUUGCCAGAAUAGUCAGCGCCAGCGUAAACGUCGAUAUCAUAGCUUCAGUUGUACUCUCUGCAAGAAUAAUGAAAAUUAUUUGUUUUCUGACAACGAUAAUGACAACGCUAUGUUGGGACAAAUGCAUAGCUGUAGUUGUUGUGAUUAUGAUUACAGCAAUAGUUCCCUGUCAGUGUCUUCAGUUGCGGAUAAUGUUGAAAAUGUUUCGAUAUGUUCAUGGGAAGCUGUUGAUGAUCGCAGCGCUCCCACAUCUAGCGGUAGUUCCUCCAUACAACAAUCACAACAACAAACAAACACCGCAAGUGUCCUGUGGGUACCGGAUCAUGCCGUGAAACGUUGUACCAAUUGUCAAAAUGAAUUUUGGAUAGGCCGUCGAAGGCAUCAUUGUCGCUCGUGUGGACAAAUAUUUUGUGCCGAUUGUUCGGAGUUUUGGGCGCCGCUACCUGAUGCAAAACUUUUUAAACCCGUAAGAUUGUGUGGACCCUGCUACCUUGCCGUAACUACAAGAUUAGAGCAACAGAGCACCUCACUUAUUAUUAACAAUAUGCCAAAUUAUAAAACAUCUAUAACUACCGGUUCCACAACAAAUACCACAUUGGUGGCAACCACCGUCUGGACGACUAAAGGCGUCGCCAGCAGCCAACAGCUGCCCGAAUUAGGUGAGCCUGUUGUUGCCAAUACAGUCGAAGUCGCAACAACAACAACAACACCAACAACAAGAGCAAAAACCUCGACAACAAAUACACCUGCGUCAAAUAACAACAUGUCCAUAGCUCAAAUACCCAUAGCAACGGCAGCAGUGUUGCAACCAGAACAACAACAACCUAAGCAGAGCCUAUCUGCGCCAACAGCCAAAUCAGUAGCACUAGCGCAGACAUCGGCGACAACUAAUGGCGCAACAAAUAACUUGCCACAACUUGUAGCGGUAAAUGCAGUUGUUGCUGUUACAACAACUAGUACAUCUGCAGCGAGUGCAAUCUUUAAGACGCCGCCGGUGCCGAUAACAGCAGCAGCGGAUGCGUUACAGCAGCAGCAGCAACAGCAACAACAACAACAACAAAGACAGAAUGCAGCAGCAGCGGCAGCAACAGCCAGUGCUACAGUAGCCGCUGCCGCAGCAGCUGCGACAAACUCACAAAUAGAGAGCAGCAGCAUGUCGCACAUGCUGAUGGCCGCGAACAAGAAUAUUGCAGCGAGUGUUGCAAAUUAAUUAAUGUUCGUCCUUUUGUGCCGAUAUUGUGUGCUGUUGGGCAUGAUUAAAAACCAGAAAAUCAUUUUAUUUUAUUUCAUAGCCGAAAUUGAAUUAUAAUGAUCAUAUUGUUAUUCUUAUGAAAGAGACCUCCACUCAUUAACCAAAUAUGCUGUUAAAUAUGAUCGUAACACCAGUGUUGUUUUGAUAAUAUGUUUAAUUAUAUGUAAUUAUAUUGACAAUUUACAAUGAAUCUGCGUAUUAAUUACAUUAAACUCAUCUGAUAACAGUUUAGCAUUAUAAGAGUGCAUGCUGGCUGUUACAUACAUACAUUUAUAACAUUUCGGGAGAAUGAGAAACGCGAGAGAGACUGUGCUGCCAGACUGUCGGCAACUUGGUUGCUAUUGUGCCUAGACAUGUGUGGAAUUUAAUUGCUUUUCGCCGGUGCGUGCUUGUAUGAGAUGACCUUUAAUUUGUUCUUUUAUAUACCCACAUACUUGGUAAACAAAAUCAUAAAUAAAAUGAAAUUGUUUUAAUCUUUUAGGUAUUUCCUUACCUUUGGCAAUUCUCAAGACUAAAAUCACAAAAAUUGUAAAUUUUUAUUACUAAUUGGCUAGCAAACAAUUGUAAAAAGAUAUUAAAUAUGUUUUUAGUAAAAAAUUUUUUGGAUUUUCCUUAAUAUAAUUUAGUAGUUCUGUAAUAAAUAGCGGAGAAGUUUAUUUGGAAGAUAACAUAUAUUGAAUUUAGAAUUUGGCUUUACAAAAUUAAAAUUGUAUUUUUUUUUAAAAAACGGAAAGGCAAUUUAUUUCUAUCUGCUGCUCAAUCGAAAUCUAUUGAAAAAAAAAACCAAAUAUAAUUGGAGAUAUUUUUAACUAAUCUAAUUUAGUUUCAUUUUAUUCAUUUAGUUAUCUAAGCUUUCGAGACCAAGAACUAACGUAAAAAGUGUUAACACAAAAAACAUAAUAUAAAAAACCGAUUGAUUUCAAAAAAGGAAUUUAUAUAAAUUGUUAUUUUAUUUCGAUUUUAUAAUUAAAUGGUUCGAAAUAGUUAAGAUUGUUUAUUUCAAAACUCCUUGUUGAAGUCUAUUACUGCAAAAAACGCAUAAAUGAUUUAUAACAAAAUUAACAAAAAUUAAAUAAAAUAAAGUUAAUUACAGAAGAAUUAACGAGCAGGUAGUACAGUAAAAGAAAAAACCAAACAAAAAUAAUUAUACACACAUCACAUGGUCGAAUAACUAGAUUCAUUGUGUAUUUAUUACAAAAAAAAAAAAAAA